GCCGAUACACUCUUGGGAGCCAAAGCAGAGAUGGGGUGGUUCUUUCGUGAGAGGAGAGGACCCCCAUGGAAGCAAGGGUGGAUGGAGCAGGUCCUGUCCUCGAGCUCCCUCCCUCCUCCCUCUCUUGUCCUCAUCUUCGCGAUCGUGAUGCUCUUCCUCUUUCUCUCAUGGCACAUAGACUACCGGACUCAGCUGCGCCGCACCGAGGUCGGCUUUCGCCUCCUCCUCUUCCUCCUCCCCGUCGCGCUCAUUGUCGUCGCCCGUUUCAUGCUUUUGGAUGGCAGGUUCUUGCUCCGGCUGCCGCGGCCUGAGCAGGAGUCGAUCCACCGGGCCGGCAGCUCGCCAUGGGGGGUGGCGCUGCUGCUGCUCGUGCUCUUGUUGAUGAUCUCCUAUCAGUCUUCCUUCCACUCUCAGUGGUUCCGCCCGUUGUGGAGGGUGGAUUAGCAUUUUAGCGUCAAGGGUGUACAGUUAUCAUCAUCAUCAUCAUCAUGCGUCUCUCCUAAUUUUAGCUUUUAUUACAUACAUAUACGUAUAUAUGUAUGUAUGUAUGUAUGUAUAUCCAAACCACCUGGUUUUGUAACUACAAAUAAACCGUACAUGGAGGUGUGAUGGAGUUUGUAUUUGCCACUUGGGUGUGCGAAUGACCACAGAUGUUAUGCUUUCAUAUUGGCCCAAUUUCAAGUUUAUAAAUCAGCUGGAACUUAUAAUCUUGGUGUU